AUGAUAAUGUGGACGCACAAUAUGUGUCAAGAGCUUGGGGUGAGUCGCAAAAGAACUAUUAUAUAUGAAGAUAAUCAAGCGGCUAUAAAAGUGAUCGAAGCAAACACAGGGGACUACAGAGUGAAGAGUGUAGAUCUCAAGUACCUCAAGAUAAGAGAUUAUGUGGAGAACGACGAGUUUGCUUUGGUAUACUGCCCGUCAGAAGACAUGGUGGCAAAUAUCUUAACCAAGCCACUUGGCCCGACGCAAUUUAAGAAGUUAUGGCAUCUGUUGAAUAUUGUACCUGUGCCUACGACUACCACACCACAAGUCGUCAGAGACAACGAAGUGGGAGUGUGA